AUGAAAGAAACAAUCUCUGAGAAACUUGAGAAAUAUUUCUUUAACCUUCAAUAUGAAGAUUAUGAUAAGGCUGACCAAAAACUUAUUCAGCUUUUAUCUUUAGAAACUAAAGAAUGCGAAGAAUUGUAUCAAAAAGAACCCAAACUUUUUGAUCAAUAUUUUAGAAUGACUAAAAUAGAUGAACCUGAUACUGAAUCAGAACAAGAAGAUAACUUUAAAACUAAUACAAAGACUGUUAAGUUCGAAUAUUCAGAUAUGGAAGAUGAUGAAGCAGAAUCUUCUUAUACAGCCACAAGAAGAGGCAAUAAAAAGAAAUAUGAGUUCAAAAUGCCUGUACACAAUGGUAUUCCAGAUAGUAGCAAAGGACCCAAUACGAUCAAUAUACUCAAUAUUGAUUGUAUCCAAGAUCUAAAACUCAGAGAAAGAGUUGUAGAAAAAUGGGUUACUGAGAUUUCACUAAUCUUACAGACAAACCCAGAUGAAUUUGAAAAAGCAAAAAAUGUUCUUCUACUUUUAGAACACAAAACUGAUGGAAUUGUGCAAAAGUUCCUAAGAAACAAUAAUUGGAAUGAAGAUUUGCAUGGUUCAGAUCUUUUUGAUAAUCUCAUAAAUGUCAUAUACACUACUUUCUUAGGUCUUGAUUAUAUUUCUAAUAAAGACUUUACCAUUAAUAAGAAAGUUGACGUAGCAAGAGUUUCAAUGACAAAACUCCAAUUACAUGAUAUUAGUCUUCUCGACAAAUACACAUACACAGGUGCAUCUUUAUGUCUUGCAAGCAAAUUCAUCAUUCCGGAUGAGCUCUGGGAAAAUGCUCCCAAAGAAAUUAGUGCCACUAUUGCAAAUGGUGAAACCAUAAAGAUAAAUAAAGUUACAGAAGCCUAUAGCAAAGGAAAACCAGGUUUUCUUGAAACUCAAGAAAAAGGCUCUAAAGAAAAACAAAUUCCGGGUACUAAUAUAACCCAAGAAGGAAUUAAUAAAGAAAGGAUUAUUUCUAUUCAAACUACCAGGUUCAAACAGAUUGAAGAUCUUCUUGAAAAAGUUUGUUCUGAAAAUCCUAUUGAUCCAGAUAAAACCAAAGGAUGGAUGAAAGCUUCAAUUAAGCUCAUUAAUCCCAAAACGACAGUAACUGAUGCUUCUGAUGAAUUUUGGGGAGCUGUUUUAAAAGCUAAAACCCCCAAAAACGAAGAACAAAUUUGCAGGUACACCUCUGGCAGUUUCAAGGCAGCCGAGAAAAACUACCAUAGCAAUGAAAAAGAAUUACUCGCUGUAAAAAGAGUUAUUACAAAAUUCUCUGUAUAUUUAACACCAGUAAAUUUCCUGGUUCGUACAGAUAAUAAAAAUUUUACUUAUUUCCUCCGAACUAAGAUUGCAGGAGACAACAAAUUAGGCCGACUAAUACGUUGGCAAGAGUGGUUCUCACGAUAUACUUUCACUGUUGAACAUCUCGCAGGAAAUAAAAAUGUACUGGCAGACUGCCUCACCCGUGACUUCAGGUAUACCUUACAUCAUCCAUGA